AUGGAGACAUUAAAACAUGUUCUUACAAUGAUAAAACCAAAUGCUUGGUUUGCAAGCAUCGAUCUGAGACAAGCAUACUACAGUAUCCCAGUUCACAAAGAUUUUAGGAAAUACCUCCGAUUCACAUUUCAUGACAAAUGUUUCGAGUUCCAAGUUCUCCCAAAUGGACUUUCAAGCUCACCCAGGUUAUUUACAAAAAUGUUAAAGGCUGUUUUCUCAACACUUAGGAAAAUGGGUCACACAAAUGCAAUAUAUAUUGAUGAUAGUUUUCUGCAGUCUGAUUCACAGAAAGAAUGCAUAAAUAACAUUCGUGACACACUGACAUUAGUAGAUGACUUAGGUUUUACGGUGCACUCGGGAAAGUCAGUAGUAGAACCAACGCAAGUUAUUGCAUUUGUGGGAUUUUUAAUAGACUCAGUUAAGAUGAUAGUACGACCAACACCGGAAAAAUGCGAAGAUAUUAAGCAAUGUUGCGAAUCAUUGAUUCAGUCUAAAACAUUUACAAUACGUGAAUUCGCUCGGGUGAUAGGAAAAUUAGUUGCUAUUGAACCGGGUGUUCAAUACGCUGGUUUACAUUACAAGCAAUUAGAGCUUGAACGAGACACGGCAUUAAAAAUAAACAAAGGAAAUUUUGAUUCAAAAAUAACUAAGACACACGAAGGUAAACAUUGUCUGCAGUGGUGGAUUAGGAACAUUGACUUCUCAUUUAGACAUAUAAAUCUACCCGACCCCGUGAUGUAUAUAGAGUCUGAUAGUUCAAAUUUUGGGUGGGGUGCUUAUGACAGGACUAAUGAUGUUAAAGUGUCAGGUUUAUGGUCAAGCCAAGAAAAAAUUCACCAUAUAAAUUAUCUCGAACUCAAAGCAGCGUUCUGCACAUUACAAUUUUUAUGUGAAAAUUGCGCAAAUGCACAUAUUCAUUUAAUGUUAGACAAUACUGUGGCUAUCAAGUACCUCACAAAAAUGGGAGGUCGAGUUAAAGAAUUAAAUGAACUAACUCAGGACAAGAACAUGCACCAUUUGGUUGUGGUGUGA